AUGAAAAGCGCUGCAUUUCUUCUCGGACUUGUAUCGCUUAGCGCUGCCUUUACCCCGCAGCCCCGGAUUUCAUUGGGUGCCAGAGCCGUUUGUGGUACAACCUUAUACGCUGCCGUCGCCUCCGUAAAGGAUGUUACCGACGAUGCGUCGGAUCGCAUGGCGAAAUCGGUCGAUUCGGUCCGCUUGAACCUACAAUCGGUCCGUACGGGUCGAGCCUCGGCCCAAAUUUUGGAUCGCGUCAAGGUGGAUUACUACGGCGUCGAAACGCCGCUUAACCAAAUGGCCACGAUCAGUGUUCCAUCUGCCCAGCAACUGUCCAUUGAUCCUUACGAUAAAACUUCUUUGAACAAUAUUGAGACUGCUAUUGUGGAAUCAGACUUGGGAUUGACUACAAACAACGAUGGAUCCAUCAUCCGCAUCAACAUUCCUUCCAUGACAGAAGAUCGGCGUAAGGAGAUGCUAAAGCUCUGCAAGUCCAUUGGGGAAGAAGGAAAGGUUGCGGUUCGGAAUAUUCGACGGGAUGGUCUAGACACCAUCAAAAAAAUGGAGAAAAGCAGUGAUAUUGGCGAGGACGAAAUGAAGGAUGGUCAAGACACCAUGCAAAAGCUCACCGAUAAGAAUGUCAAAGAAAUUGAUGAAGUUGUCGGUGCUAAAGAGAAGGAAGUCAUGAAGGUUUAG